AGUAAAAAAAAAAGAUGUCGUCUCUACUGAGACAGCGGAUAACAGUGAUACAAGCAACGAUGUUUCUUUACAAAGCAGACAUCGGGACAUGUCGUCCCCGUCGCCGGUGCAGAUCAGAGAAGCGAACGCGCAUCUGGCUGCGCUGCACGGGCGCGUCACCAACCUGGAGCAGAAGCUGGAGGACGCGGAGAAAACCGUGCGAGAGCAGGCGGAGAGUCUCAUCCGCAAAGAUGAACAACUCAGAGCUGCCACACAAGAAAUCACAGAGACCAAAGACAGAGAGAUUUCAUUCCUUCACGAGAAGCUUUGUCACUCAGAGGAAUCCAUCCAUAAACUUAACCAAAUCAUUAAGGAAAAAGAUUCCCUAAUUGGACAAUUACAACAUCGAUGCCAACUGCUGGACAACAUCUGCAAAAGCCGUCCAUUACUGGACAGCAUGCUGGCACAGAUAGCCGAGGCUGAGAGAAUGGGCCCUGUUAGUGACUUGGGGAAGCCCACAACAAACAACUCGCUCACUGAUGGAGAGUCAAACUGCAGCCUCAGCCGCCUCUCCAAUCACAAAGACUUCUCACUCAGCGAGGAUGACUCGGAUGAUCAGGAAUUAGAUGGGGUUGUGUUUGGGACCACUGUAUGAGUCACAGUUGAACUGGUCCUUGUCUCAGGUUUAGCGGCCUGUGUGUCUUGAUGGUUACAAAUAAUUAAAUGUCCGUCUGGUCAUCAUUUGGUAAUGUACUGUACUCAGUGAAUAGGAUGCUAGUGAAAUGAGAGUUUUUUGUUUGUUGUCUUUACAGCAUAUUUCAGAUUUGAAGUGCUCUGAAUUCAAUAUGCAGUUGUUUUUUUAUUGUUAACUUGGUUUCUCUCCCCUUUUAACUAUUUGCAAAUGCUGUAACAUGUUGUUGACUUUUUUGCAUCUUGGUUCCUUUGGUAAAAUGUUUUUAAAAUGUAAGUCGGGAAAACUCUCAAUUUACUGUUACAGUUUGAGAAGGAACGUGAUAGAACAGUAGCUGUUUUGGCAACUGCUCCCUGUUUGAAUAUCAUCUACUCCACUGUCCAAUUUUUGUACUUUGUAGUUCUUACAACAGACAAUUUUUUCAGCAAUGAAUAAUCUACAAAUCAUUUAUGCUGAUGUAAAGCAUUUUUACAUCAUUAAUAUUGUUAAGCUUGCAUGACGUAUUGGACAAAUUUGUAUAAAAAGUUGUUUUUCCUGUAGUUGCUUGCAUUUUAGGACCUGGGACUGAAAUUCAAAAGUAACAGGAUAGAAAUCAACCAAUGGGAGACUGAGAUACCCACCAAGCAUUGUUUCCUUGUGCAAAGCACUGAACCACAAAACUGCUGAUAAGUGACAGUAUGAUGUUGUCAUAGUGGUGUACUGUACACCAAAUGAACACUGCAAUUUAUGGUGCAUUGUAUAUAAUUAAGUGAUCUAUGCAGUGAACUUGUUCUGAGAGCAUCCCAAAAUAGUGCCCCCCCGAUAAACAGGGAGCAAUUUCCAACAAAGACAGGCUUACUGCUAACAAAAUUACAGGCCAGCGGUGGUUAAAUAGUGACAAAAAGCACUUGCUUUGGUUCUCUUUAUAAUAGUUUUACAGUUGUAUCUGUGACCAGAAUGAUGAAUGAACUGUGUUAUGUCAGCGUAUGACAACUGUCUAUACAUUUCAGUUUUGUUGAUGUGAUAGAUUUUUCUGCAGAUUCAUUUUGUUCGUUCUUGUAAUUCGGCCUAGCAGAAAUAAGUCUAUGCAAGUCAUUUAUAUUUUGCCAUAUUUAUUUAUAUCAAGCUAUACAGUAUGUGGAUAAACCGUUAAAAGUGCAAGUAAUGUAGUGAAUGACUUGGAUUGUACUGAUGAUGGGGCAUUACUGUUGUAGUUUAUGUACAGCUUAAUAUGUCCAGUGGAUCAUUUGUCUUAAGAUAUAGUGGUUACGCAAUAUGUUAGUGUUGGUUUUAAGAGUUACAUGUCAUUCUGCAUUGCAGCAUGGUAACUACUUGCUGGUAAAAUGGUGCCUAAAAUACUCUUGGUUAUUUGGUCAAUGUAAUUAUUUAAUCUAAGAAAAAUAAAUUAUUUUGUUACUCAUCAGUGCCAAUUCUUGUGUAAUGCUCCCUCAGAUGCACAGUGAGUUCAGGUAUUCUUUUCAAGUAUACUAUUAAAGGGUUCA